UGCAGACAAGCCACAGUUGAGGUGAUUCGCUUCCGCGUCGGUCUUUUCGCGGUUUCGUCCGGGGUUGCGAUGAUGUUCUUCCCCACGGGGUUUCCCCAUCCGUGCAAGUAGUAUACGUGGACGGGAAAGGAGGGCGGAGGGAGAAGGGAGGCCUUCCCCCCCCAGCAUUCUAUUCUGCUCACUUGACUCGGGCUUUGUCCUACUUCAAAAGUGCUGAUGUAGCCAAGAGGGAUUCAUUUGAGACCGGGUAUCCUUCUUCUUCGCUUGAGAGCUGCUUGAGCUUGAGUCUCGUUGAGGCUAUCUACAUACAGCGUGAAGCAGACGCCCAACAGAAGGGAAACGAUGUCACACGAAGACGAAACAGACCACAGCAAGCGGGCACAAGAUGAGCAUAUUGAAUCUAUCGAGGCUGCACCCCAUCAGAACCCGGAGCCUCCAGAGUAUCCACAAGACAAAGCCCUUGAACUCAUUGCGGAUGCAGGACAAUCUACCACCCUCACAGCCGAGAAUAACGCCCGAGUCCUUCGAGAAAUUGAUCUGAGGUUGCUCCCUAUCCUCCUGGGGAUCUACUUCCUCCAGCAACUCGACAAGUCAACCCUUUCAUACGCGUCGGUCUUCGGUCUGGUCGAGAAAGCCCAUCUCCACGGGCAGGAAUACUCUUGGCUGGGAGCAGUUGUGUACCUGGUGCAACUAGUUGCACAGCCCUUUGUGGCCUACAUCUUAGUUAAAGUACCGCUAGGGAAGUUCCUCGCAUGUACGACCCUGUGCUGGGGCAUUGCCUUGACAUGCAUGACUCCGGCGAACAGCUUUGGAGGGUUGUUGGUCUGUCGGAUGGUUUUGGGUCUCUUUGAGGCUGGUAUCCCCCCUGCGUUCAUUGCAAUCACUCAAAUGUGGUACCGACGACUGGAGCAGCCUGUUCGGCUUGGCUCGUGGUAUGCUAUGAAUGGAGUGGUGAAUAUGUUUGGAAGUCUUAUCACCUAUGGGCUUGGUCAUAUCAAGUCUUCGGUCCUUGAGCCCUAUCAGAUUAUCUUCUUAUUCUUUGGACUCAUCACGAUUGUCUUUUCUGGUGCUAUUCUGUACUUCAUGCCCGAUUCGCCGGUCCAGGCCAAGUUCCUGCAGGAAGAAGACAAACUCCUGGCCAUUGAAAGACUUCGUAUGAACCAGCAAGGGCUUGAGACGCAUGAGUGGAAAUGGAACCACGUCAAGGAGGCAUGUUUUGACAUCAAGUCAUUCUUCUGGUUUGCCUUGAUGUUUUCGAUCUCGAUCCCCAGCGGCGGCAUUUCGACUUUUGGCUCACUAAUCAUCGAAUCAUUUGGGUUCGACCAGUUCCAGACGAUUCUGUUCAACAUCCCGUUUGGCGCGGUCCAACUCCUCGCAACAAUGGGAGGGGCAUGGCUGGCGACGACCCUGAAAAUGAAGGGGCCGGUCAUCGCUCUGCUGUGCUUGCCUGCUAUCGCGGGCUGUGUGAUGUUGCUGCGCAUUGCCCACGAUGGGCACCAUAAUGGUGCUUUGCUUGCAGGAUACUAUAUCGUCUCCGUAUACCCCGGAAUCACGCCUUUGAUAUACUCGUGGUCUGCCGGAAACACGGCCGGCGAGACGAAGAAGAAGGUCGUGAACGGCGUUGUCCUAGUCGGACAAUGUGCUGGAAACGUCCUCGGCUCCAACUUGUACACGACCAACGAAGCACCGCUUUACAGACGUGGCUUGCUCUCCAACCUGGCAAUGUUCUGCCUCCUCAUCAUGCUCUGCCUGAUGAACCUGGCAUACCUUUUCUUCCUCAACACGAAGCAUGAGAAGCAGCGAGCCCGACUGGGCAAGAGUGCGAAAAUUGUCGACCACUCGAUGCAAGCUGUCGGUGCUGUCCCCGUGGACAAGACCGACGCUGCGCCUCCGCAGACAUUGAGCGAGGAUAAUGCCUUCAAGGACCUGACGGACUGGAUGAAUGAGGACUUUGUUUAUGUUUACUAACUAGAGCUGGUAUGGCUUUAAUAGGAUGAGAUGAGGCGUAUUUGUUU